AAGAUCUUGUCUUGCGGUAAGAGAAGACUGGUGUUUUGCCUUUUUAGCGAGUCUCUCUUAGGGCUGCUUUUUCAUAGCUCAGUUUACUGAGCUUCAUUCUCUUGCACGCUCUCUCUCUCUCUCUCUCUCUCUCUCUCUCUCUCUCUCCCUCCCACCCAUACUACAGCAUCACUUAACUCAUUUCUAUCUGGCAACAAAAGCAGCAGCAGCAGCAACGGCACAAGCAGUAAUGGAUGGACCUCGUCUGGCUCCAGUCAUGGAAGAAGCCGGAGAACCCACAGAUGAUCAUUCCAGUGACAAGACAGCCAAGCCAGAGAUGAAGGAGCUUACAGCAGUGGAAAAAGAGGUUGAGGAGAUAAAGGCAAAUAGCAAGAAGGAUGAGAAGCCAGCUUCUGAUAACCAAGAACUUGAAGACUUGAAAUCCCAGGUGUUGCAGCUGCUUGUAGAGCUGGAAGAAGCGCGAGAGCUUUCUCAGAAACACGAGGAGAGCUUUCAGGAGCUACAGGGCUUAUUGGAGGAUGAGCGGAUGGCAAGUGCCCAGCAAGCAGAAUCUUUCACUAAGCAGAUACAGAGACUGCAAGCUCAGCUGAGGUCAGUGCAAGAGGAGAUGGACAGCCUGGAGGAGGAGAAGAACAGUGAACUGGCAGAGGCGCAGCAGGAGCUGCGGACUGCUCAAGAGGAGGUGCUGGUGUUGCAGCAGGCAGCCGAGGAAGCGGCAGCAGAGCGAGAAAAUGACAUUGCCAGCCUGCAGGAGGAGCUCUGCCGACUCCGUGCAGAGCUGCAACGCCUCCACGCUACUCGACAAGAGUAUGAAUUAGAGAUCACCAGUCUGCGUGCAGAGAUUCGUAUGAAGAGCCAGGGAAGUGGGCAAAACAAAGACAAUGGGAAUCCCCUACAAGCUGAACAACAAACUGUGAAGGAAGAGUGCCAGUCCCUGAAGGCAGAGUGUCAGUCUCUAAAAGAGGAAAAUCAACAACUUCUUGAAAAAAUCCAGUGGUUAACAGAGCAGGGUACAAAUGACUUUUAUCUAACUCUUAAAGAAGAUGACCUAAAUAAUGAAGGAGAAUUUAUUUCUACUGGUGAAGAGUCUACUACCAGGUGUAAGCUGGUUGAUGCCUCAGUCCAAAAGAAUGUUUCAUUUGAUGGAAAACCACUUACACCCACUGGCAGGAGUGGUGGUGGUUUCUCUCCAGCUUUUUCUGAAGUGUUUUCUCUCCGGGACCAGCUGAAGCAAACUGAAGAAAAAGCUCUUCAAGUUCAACGAGAGUAUGAGACCUUGCUUGCAGAACUACAUGAGCUACAGGAUAAAUACAAUAAAAGUCAGAAUGAGCGAUCUGAAAUGGAAAAAGAACUUCAGGAAUGUCGGGAACAAAUGCAGAGCCUCACAGGAAAGGAUGGCAAGAACUCUACCACCCCUGAGCCACCUGUUCUAUCUAUCCCCUUAAUAGGAAUGAUUAUUAUAGUGGCCCUACUUUGGUGCUGGUGGGCGGAGUCUUCAGCCUAGAGUUGACAAGGGGCUUGAGGGAGGUUGGAGCCCGCUAAUGGUGGUGGCUGUAGCUACAGCUGUUGUCUUGAUCUUCCCUAGCUUGACUAGAGCUCUCUCCUGAGGAUCCAACAGGGUCUCCUGGCAACACCACACCUACCAGGUGCAAAAUUUCCUCGCACUCUGCCUGCAGCUAUAGAGCACUCUGCUUCCAGACCUAGAAUUCUCAUGUAGUGAUGGGAUGGAUCUAAGACACAACCUGUUGCUUAUGUCUUAGUGCACGGAAAUCAGCCUCAUUUUGACACAACUAUUAGCUGGUGUAGCAUUUUCUUUGGAAUAUUAUGGUUGGAUUUAUCUUCACACCAUUUGUUUCAUUUACUUCUCACAACACAUAUCAGAAGGAGUCACAGUGUUUGUGAUCUACAGAUGUCUGCAAACAGGAUAACCUACAGGACUGAAUGUAAAGAUAAUACAUUAUGUUUAUUAAUAUGGAAUCGUGACGUUGUGUGGUUUCAAAAGGCCAGUGAUGUUCCAAAAUGUCACUGCUACUAGAAGAAUUACAGUACAUAAUAAAAUUUGUAUAGAAAUCUAUUUUGAUUAAUGUAGGAGGUCAGUAAGAAGAGGAUUCUCCUUUAUUGUUACAGAUUGAUACUCAGCACUUUCAACAAACCUGAGUUAAAUGAUGGGUGAACAGUGCCUCAAUUUUAUUUUGUGCUUAGCCUUCACAUGGAAACAAAGCUAUUCACUUCUUUGAAAAGGUGUCUGGUGGAGCCAGAAAAGCUCACCUAUACCACUUUAUGUAUUCAACCAAUCCUUCUCCUGGUUAAAAUUCUGAAAUUCUGAAUUUUGCUCCAUCGAACAUUGACUGCCUAGACAAGCUCGUGUCGCUCGUCAAACCAAUAAUAUGCUCUAAAGGGGUGUGCGAGCAGCCCAAAGUAGCAACCCUCAGGCUGAGGGUUUUGUUCUCUCUAUCUGCUGCAUGUCUUUGUCUGAAGACAGAUUGUUCUGCUUUUGUUAGUUUGUUUUUCUCCAUAAACCUACAGACUUCAUUUUUCUGCUUCUUUCUCUCCAUAGAUACAUGUUGUAUACCAAAAAUAUUCUAUCUACUGUUUGAUUUACUGACCUGUCAGUUUUUGUCUCUGUUGCUAAGCUGCACUGCUGAGCUUCUCCAUUUACAAGGUAUAUAUAUAUCUAUGUAUAUAUGUCAAUGUGUGAAUCUAUGUUUUAAUUCAUGUUACUGUAACAAUUUUCAUUAGAUGUUUUCACCCUUUUGGAUUCAUGUUUUCCAUUAAAAAAAAAUUACACCGUUGCCCAUGACUCAUACGAGAGUGUUUUGUUUCAGCUCAACUAAAAGCAGAGGUUGUCCACGUCACUUGUGACUCCUGGACCCUGGCUGGAACUGACCUGCCUGCCUUCCUUACCUGCAGCCUAAUCGACAUGACAUGAACAGAUCAACUGAUGGUUUAUGAUGUUGCUUUGUAAUGGCUACCUAUGUACAGCAGCAAAAUGGAAUGUCGACUGAUGUGGCGGAUUAAAGCAAUUGUAUCAAUGUAAUGCAAAUCGAUUACAAGGAAUGAAUUCCAUAGAAUUAUGAUAAAACUUAAUUUCUUAAUUAACCACACAUGAAUGGGCAAGAAAGGUUAUGCCACUAUCAGAUGUUUACCAGUGUCUUAUUAAAUUGGGCUAUGAUGUCAAAACUGUUAAGUUAUUUCACUUAAAAUGUCUUUAUUUAUAAAUACUACUUCUUUAAAAAUAUAUGUAGAACUUUUUUUUUUUACAUUUGCAUUACAUUGUCAUUUAAAAAACAAUGAGAAUACAGAAAUGUAUAAAAGUAAACAUUGUCAGUUAAAGAAAGAAAUAAAUGUGCAUUGAACACUUGAAAAGAAGAAAUUCUGUUCAGUAGAAGGAGUCGACGAGAAUUUUUUUUCAUAAAUGAAUACAAAAAUGUUAACGUUUGUUGAAAAGUAUCAUAAAGAUGCUGAGGAUGAGUUGAAAUUUGAAGUUCUUGUUCCGCUUUAUACUGCAUAAGCUUACAUGUUUUUUUGAAAUAAUAUUUUGACCAGUUUGUUUGUAGAGUUUUCAGUGUUUCUGAUUGUUGUAUAUUUUGUGCUAUUACAUGUUAAUUAACCAGAACCAUUAACAUUUGAAAUUACAAAUCAGCAUAUUUUAAUUCACUGACACAUUGAUCAGAUGUAAAUUGGAAAUUAGUUUAGCAUUUCAUGUUAGUGAUUUUUUUCUUAAUUAAUUAGAUUCGUGUACAAGCACAGUGAUGCUAGUGUCUGUUUUUUUAGAGCUAUCCUUUAGUGAGUCCAACAAGUUACCUGUCCUACAAAUCUACAAAACGCAAGCCUUACCUGAUUGCUACAAUUCAUAGGGUAGAAUUAUGUCAUGAUUAAUCAAAUCAUAUUUGGCAAGCUGCAUUUUCCUGCCACUUAAUUUUUCUCAAAACUAUUAUAUUUUUUCUGGAAAUAGAAAAAUGCUGUCAAUUACUUGUACAUAUUGCAGGGUAAAAGCUGCUAUUUUCUGGACCUAGUAAUUCUUUCUAUUUCACAUUGUACAUCUGAAUGCCUCUGAGCUGUUAAAGUAAAAUGGCACAAGCAUUUUCAACAUUUUUUUGCCAGCAUUUGACAAUUAUAUUGCUACUAAAAUGACAGGAAGACCUGCUAUGUUAAGUAUGUUGGUAAGCAGUGAAAAAACUCUCAUUGUACUGUAAAUGUAUUCCAGAGAAGUUUAAUUUGAGUGCAUAGUUAAUAUGUUUCAGCUUAUCAAUAAUCAGGCUCUUGGAGGACAGAUGUUAGUACUCUCCAUGAAUUGUGAACUAGCAUAAAAGUCUUACUGGAACUUAGUCAUUUCACAGUUAUACAGGUAGAAAAUUAUAUAGUUUUGUGAAUUUAUAAAAUUCCAGGAUAGCAUUGAACACAUGAUUUCUAAAUACUAGCAAAACACUGCAUAUUGCUUAAGCAUAAAAGAAUGUUUCGCAAUGUUUAGUGCAUAAAGGCUAGCAAUUAAUAGGAAAAGGCAAUCUGACAAUCUUUCUGGCAAUUAUUGCCUGCCUUAUUAAAGAAGAGAAUAUAUAUAAUUCAUCUGCAAUUAGUAUAUAUAAAAUCACAUAUCGAAUUAGAAAGAGGAAGUCAAAAGUAAUUCAGUCCCUAGGUAAGAUUAGAUACAGGUUAAGGACUUUUGCAGGGUAUAGUUUAUAUUGUAGGGGUUACAAUGUCAGCUACUAUUUUUUACUCUGCAGGUGGCAUAUGUGAGAAUCAGUCAUUGUGACAAUUAUUAUCAUUUCUGGUUUACCAGUUGGGCCAUUACAGUACUACACUGAAUCUCAGUAGUCCUGCUCCAUUGAAUGGCCAAGAAAUUCUGUACAUUAAAUACAAUAGGGAUUUGAAAUAGAACAUUUCCUUUUUUUAGCACAAUACAGAGCUUUGUGAAGCAUGAAUCAAGAUUUUCAUUUUCUGAACACUUAAUGCAAAAGCAAUAACAAUAAAAGCAAAACAAUCACAAACCAGGAUGAGCACGCCUCAUUGUAUUUUCCCACGUAAUCUUGGUAGAGACAUGUUUCCUAUUACACAGAUUGAGCUUUUCUAGUGCCGUGCCAAAAUGAUUACUCCGUGGCUGCCUUGCUUUGUUACCUAAAAGUACUUGUGUGAAAGCAUGUUUUCAGUUUAGUGACUCUUGCCAAUGCUUGAGCUUUCUUUCUAAUGACUGGCAUGCAAAAUUUCUGUCCCGUCCUGCAAAGCAAUAAUAAAAAAGUUACUUGCAGUAGUGUAAUGUGAUAAGCCACAAAAUGAUUUGUGGUGUUUCUUGUGAUGUGUUGUUGAAAAUAAUACUGCAGAAACCUUCAGCAUGUUUUUAAAGAAAUUAUUCAAUUUAGUGGAGGCCUUUUAAGUAAAAAACACAAAAAACAACAAAGAAGAAAUGACAUAUUUAAAUAAUUAUAUUUAUUUAUUUAACAGAGAAAGAGAUUUUUUCACAAAAGUGAAAAUUGAUUGUUUUUUGUAUUUACCCCAUAUGCAGUAACACUAGUCAUGGCACUCAUCUAUGUCUGACGGUUUUAUUUAUAGGUUUCUGGGUCAUUAUAUCAUUGAAUUAUACCAUUUUAUAAGCCCACUUAACCCUAUGGCUGCUGGGAUCAUUGAGUCAUGUUAAGAAUUAUUGGCUAAUUAAUAGUACACUUUUAAUUAAUUAAUUAAUUUAUUUAUAUGAAGGGAACAGACAGGUUAAGCAGAAUUCUUAAGUUCACACAGUGAUAUGGAAAUUUGAAGUACUGUAGACUGUAAUUCCAUUACCGUGUGUUUCAUGUACAAUUCCGAAACCUCUAGGGCCCUUUGCAAGUCUAAAAUGUUACUUGUUCGGGAAAAAUGUCACUGGUAUGCUGUGUAAUCAGCUUUGCAUUUCUCCACUCUUUUGCAGUUCUCUGGGGAAUCAGCACACUCUCUGGAAAAAACCCUGCCUCAGUUCAGCAGUUCAUUAUACUAACCUGUACUGACAAUAAAAGUACCAAAAAAUCUUUCCAACUGAAGUUGUAAAUUUGAGAAAUUUAGAAUUUUAAUUGAGGUUACUAGUAACAUCUUGACAGAACAUUUGCAAGAAAGCCAGGCAAGUUUGAUUACUGUGUUCAUACAGGGUAGGGUGGAGUGGUGGCUCUGAGGGUUGAUCUGCGUUGGUAUCCUGAAGGUUGCCGGUUCGAAUCCCUGUCACUGACAAAAGAGAUCCUACUCUGCUGGGCCCUUGAGCAAGACCCUUAACCUGUAAUUGCUCCAGGGGCGCUGUACAAUGGCUGACCCUGCACUCUGACCCCAAGGGGUAUGCGAAAACUAACAAAUUCCUAAUACAAGAAAUUGUAUAAGGCGAAAUAAAGAACAAAAAAAAAAAACUUUAUUAUUUGUACUUUUCUCUCAGUAAAGCUUACAAUCUAUAAACAUAACAUUUUUGAAUUUGGAAUUGUAAACGGAAAUCAGAUUAUUUAAUAUUAUUCCUUUUAACAGUUUUAUGUAUUUGUCUUAUUCUAAAAUCAAAAGAUAAUUUUUCCUAAUCAAAAUCACAGGAACCAUGUGUCUUAUGAAAAGGUGUAGUACAUUUACACUGUACUUUAACUCUUAUAACCUAGUCAUCAUAUAACUUUGAAUUAUUUUUGUACUGUACAGUACCUUUGCUGAAGAUGUAUGAAACUUUUAUCAGAAAGGGUCAAGGGGAAAGACAACCCACAUUCAAUUAAGUCUGCCGAUGUCAUUUAAACCUGGUGACGCCCUCUCCAGUCUCAGCUCUGUGAACACAGGUGGGAUCAAACAGUCUCAGUCAUCAGCCAGGCUAGGUCUCCCACAGAAGAGCUGCUGUCUUAUUCAAAUUCCCCGUUUUACCAGUAUUACAUUUCAAGAAAACAUUCAAAAUAUGUUUCUUACAUUAUAUAUUACAUCUAGGCCCAUUAGUCAAAGAACUUUUUAAUUUUACUGAAUGUCUUUAAAAAUUAUAUUAAUAACUUGCUUCAUCCAAACUGAGCUUGGUGUAAAGUGAACACUGUUUUAUUUUUACAUAUUAAAAGCUGUUGUUUUUAUAAUUUAUAUUAUGAAUGAUGAAUUAUGGUACACUAAGCACAGAUAUUUUAUUCCUUUCAUUAAGAGUGUUUGAAACACUUUACUUGGUAAAAUAUUUGGAAUUUUCUGUUGAAAUUUAGGUAUUGUUCAACACUGAAGAGCUUGUUAACUUUUACCUGUUUGAUUGCAGAAAAAAUGCAUGUAUAAUGCUGUCAUUCUAGAUGUGUUAAACUAACCAUGUUUUUGUUACAGGUAUAGGGCACAGGUUUCAAUUCUCAACACACAUUUGGAGAAUUUUCUCCUUAUGACAAAUUAAUUUCUGGUGGAGGACAGGAUUAAGCUAUUGUAUCAAACUGGUACUUGUUUUAAUUGUGUUUUCUUUGAAGAAUAUUUGUAUUUUUGUCUUGCAUAAUAUGAUCCAUGAUAUGGCACCCCACAUAAGUGCUCUUUUAAAAGAUUAUUAUCACAUUGUUUAUCAAAUACAGAGAAAUGUGAAUUCACACACAGAGGAAAUAAUGGUUAUCAGUGGAAUACGAACAUGUUUUAGUUUGGAAAACCACAAAGUAAAAGUGUACUGCACAUAAUUAUGCUAAAUUAGAGAUGUACAUUUAAGGGUCCACACAUUUUUGUAAUUGCAUGUUCAGGAUAGAUGGUUUAUUCAAAAACAUUAAAACUAAUUCUUAAUUAGUCUAGUAAAUAAAAUGUUACAUGUUUACGGCUUUUAAUUUAGAAAUAAGUGAUGAGAUUUGAAAAUUUUAUUCUAAAACUUCUUUUCAUAUUGUGGAAUAACUAUCAACUCAGAGGUUAAAUACUAAAUUCCAGAUUAAAGCAUUAGCCUUACUGAAAUUAUAUGCCAGAGUUUAUUUUCUCUGAUGUAAUGGUAUUUUUUGGUAUCUACAAUCAUGCAUGGUAGCAACUAAAACACUGAAAAUAUUCUGAAUUAACAUUCCACCUACAUUUGCUAUUCUUAUUAAUAAUAGUUAUUUCCCACUGUAUAUGCAUAGCAGGACAGGUGCAACAGUCCCCUGAUGUCUUAAUAAGUAUUGUGUUGCUAGUUAAAAAUCUCUAAACACAUUUCAUCAUUUAGUAUACUUAAGAUAUGUAAAAGUCAUUUAAAACAUAUUUUACUUUUGUUAAAAUCAUUUUGCAAUUUAUGGGGGUUAUCUUUUUGUGAAGUAUUGAUGUAAAAUUGUAUGAACAAACAGUUGGUGGUAGUAUGUGUGAAAUAAUUUAUUUUACUGUGUUUUCUAAAAAAAAGGCUGUAUGCUUUUUAGAUGGCUUUGUUGUUUUGACAAAUUGUGAGUAUUUUGGUAAUGAGCUGUAUAUUUUGUAAAAGAUUGGAAUCAAUAAAUAUAACAGUUUAUCCUUCAAA